UUAAAUGAGAUCUUCCGUCAGUUAUAUGUUAUCGCAAGGACCAGGAGAUCCGAUUAUGGCGCACCCAGAUUAUGAACAGCAUCACUACCACCAUGGCUGUUUGUUAAUUUUGGUGCGAGGAAUCGGUCCUCUAAAACCUCGGUCUUUGCAGCGCGUCUUUGAGCGGGUGCAGCGCGUCAACAACGUGAAAAUACCAGAUUCGUCCGGUAUAACGCGCGAUAUUUGGGUCCGCUACAUCCGCGAUCAUCCGGUGGAGAACAACGAUUGGGGCGAUUUCCAAACGCACCGCCGCUUGUUGGGCCUGAUCACGGUCGGCAAGUUCGAUGCACAGAACGAGCUGAAUGAGCUGUGUCGGGUUCACGAAUCGCUGAAGGUGAAGUACACGAACACGCUGUUCGAUUCCCGGUGCUUGCUGUUUGGUCCAACCACCGACGAGCUGCAGAAGCUGAGCACGGGCGGCGCUGGGUCGGACGAUGAGAAGAGUGGCCCCACGAUCGAAAAAUGCUUCCAAACACCCAGCUACUUCAAGAGCCGCGCGUUCUUCUAUCCCGAGAACGAUUCGUGCAGCAAUUUGGAAACGAAGAUUUCAGAGUUUAUUACCUCCCUCUACUAUAUACUGGAGCUGAAGCGGCUGGAGAAGACACGCGAGAAACUGGACAAGGCACCGCUGCUGUUGGCGCCGUUUGAAAAGAAGGAUUUCGUCGGGCUGGACCUGGAGAGUAGGAACAACAAAAAGCGGUGUAUCGGGCGCAUGACGAAGCACUUGGGGGACCUGACGCUGCAGGCAGGACUCGUGUCCGAGUCGCUAAACUUUUUCCACGCCGCCAGUGAAACGUUACGUGCCAUAAGUGACUCGCUGUGGUUGGGAGCCGCCAACGAAGGUCUCUGCGCGGCCUCUGCUAUACUGCUCUACCCGAACUUUCGCUACACCAUGUCGAUACAAAGAAACUCUAGUCUGCAGGAGAACUCUUCCUCUCCCCAGAAGUUCAACCUGGCUCGGAACCAGGUUUACACUGGUAGCUACAACGGCGAUAGCUCCACAAUGAAGCACAAAAAGUCCGACAUGGUGAUCAAUCUGAACGACACCACCGAGACGGCGUCCAUUCUCACGGCAGCGGAAAAAACGUCGGCCUCGUCGAACUCUUCGGCAUCGUCGAUCAGUUCCAGCCUUUCUUCGGCAUCCGGCGGUAGCGGCACGGCCAGUGGUAGCUCCACCUCCGACUCGGGCACGCUGGUGAACAAAGCGGGUAACGGUGGGACGACCGCAAAGUUUCCGAGUAAUAUUCUGCAACCGGACGACAUACCGGGCCGAUAUCGUGACGCCAUCAUCAACUAUAGCAAGUACCGAAACGCGGGCAUCAUCGAAACGGAAGCAGCCUUAAAGGCAGCCCGUAUUUGCAUCGAGCAAGGUAAAAACCUUGACGUGGCCAUGUUCCUCCAGAAUGUGCUGUACAUCAACCUGAACAUGAGCGAACAGCAACGGGUGCGCCGCUUCGAAGUGCUCACUGAUUUGUACCAAAAGAUUGGCUAUAAUCGUAAGGCGGCAUUCUGUCAACGGUUAGCGGCCUGGAGGCACGUGGCACAAAGCAAUAGCAACCCGGACUGGGGCCAAAGUUAUCGGUUGAUGUUGGAAAGCUUUCCCGGUCACAAGCUAUCGUUAGAACCGAACGAGGUUCUUGAGAACAGUACAGGUUGGCCGGUACUGCAAAUCGACCUUCUGCAGCAGCUUGUCGGCACAGCUCGUCGUCUCGGACAAUCGGCUUUAGCCACGCGUCACAUGACGUUCCUCCUGCAGACUAUGUGGAAAAAUCUUACUCCUCACGAACAAAAGGAGAUGGCGUUGCAGCUGCAAAAUCUGAGUGCGCAGUGUGAGGGUGCACCAGUGCCGUUGGUGCUGGAGAAUGGCAUCGUUAUCCCACCUGCCAAUCUAACGGACGUGCCCCGUUGCUCGCAGCUACAGGUGAAAGAUCUUGCACCACACCAGAAGCCGGUGAAGAUCGUCGUGAGUAAGGUGGACAGUGGCCCGUUUCUGUUUACGCCCAUCCACUUCAGUUCACUCGAUCGUCGCGGACAGGAGCGGGACGACCGGAAGGUGACUUUCAACUGGGUUCAGCACGAUGUUUGCGAGGUGCACCUAACGCUUCUCAAUCCGCUACCGUUUGAACUGCUCGUGACGGACAUGCGCCUACUGACGACGGGCACUGUGUUCGAAGCGUUCCCACAGACCGUCACCCUGCAGCCCAAUGUACCGACCAGUGUCUCCCUACACGGAACGUCGAUCGAGUGUGGUGAGCUUGAAAUACAAGGCUACAGCACACAUACGCUGGGCGUCAAGUCCAACUGCCGGUUAAAGCACAUGCAGCACCGUAAGGAGCGCCACUUGCCACCCUGCUACCGUGUGAAAGUUCUUGCGGCCUUACCGAAGCUCGAGGCGAAAACGAGCCUCCCGCAGACUGCCACUUUCAGCGGCAUGCCAAAUGCCGACUUUGUCACGACCUCCGCCAGUAUCACGCUGUACAACGGUGAACGGAGCGAGUGUACGAUCACGCUCACCAACACCAGCAACAUCGCGAUCGAGUAUGUGGACGCAACGUUCCACUCGGCCCUUGACGCCUCCUUGCAGCAACGGAUAUUUCAGCUCGCGAACGACGAACUGCGCCGUAAGCUGCCAAUCGCGCCAAACGAAAGUAUCGAUUUCAAGCUCAUCAUCUACGGGGAGGCGGACUUCCUGGGGGCGCUUACGGCCGGCCCCGGCCAGCUGCUGGGCGCUGGAGGUUACGCGCAUUCGCAACAUCCGGACGGGAUGAACAGUGCGGGACCACAGAGUUUGACCGUAUCGCACGGUGGUGGGGGGACGCACGCAGGGCAAGGAUUUCUGUCCGGUGGCAGUGGCAAUCCGAGUAUUCCGAGUCGCAUCAGCUCUCCGACGAACACGCACCGACGGAACGAGUUGUUAACGUCCAGUUUCCGGUCUUCACAUUCGGGCCACUCGUCGUUCGCAACGCUUAGCGUCGGCAUAUCGACCGGGCACGUCCCACGCCAGUUAGACGCUCAACUGCGCUUCAAGUACUCCGGAGGCGAGGGUUUGCAGGAAGGCCACUGUCGCCAGUGUGCAAUCUCCUUCAACGUCGAACUGCUGCCGAGCGCCCAAAUCACCAACUGGGAUGUUUUGUCUGCCGAAAUACCUUCGCAGUUCUACCUGGUGCUGGACGUGGUCAAUUUGACCGCUCAGGAAAUGUCGCUUAACUAUACCUCCAACAAGACAAUACUCAUCGAGGCUAAGGAGAGUUGCCGUGUGCCAGUGCCGGUACAGCGCUGUCCUCUCGAGCGCAUACUGGCGGCCGUGGCUGAGCACCAGCAGCAACAGUACCACCAGUAUCACCACUCGAUAGGCAGUAGCACGGGGCACACCCAGUCGCUGGAUCAGCAUCACAUGCCAAGCAUUUUGAGCGGUGUUGGUGGUGUGAGCACGAGCGACAGUGCCGAUCUGACGGAGCGCGUCUGCUCGGAGCACAUCUCGGAGAACGUUAAUCUGAAGUGGUCCCUGCCGGGCAUCGAUUGCCACGGCACGGCUUCGCUACGCGGUAUCACUCUCUCGCCCACGAUGCUCGAUCUCGUCACCGUUCCUCCGCUGGAAUGGGAGGUUAAAGUCGACGAACACUUGGUGGCACCACAGUCGGAAGUAACCUGCGUCACGGGCCAGUUUCUGAGCUUCAGUAUUAGCAUCUGCAAUCUGUCCGCAUCGGUGCUGCAACAAGUGCAGCUAUCGGUUCAGUUCUACCAGGACUAUCAGAACGGGGUGCAGAACUAUCGGCUCGAAACACGCGUCACGAUGUCGGGACCGAAUCACAUUCUCAUUCCAUCGUUGAACAAGGACGAGAAAGCGUUCCACAGGUGCUCGGUGCUGUUCUUCACGCCGGGACGGUUUAAAGCCGAUAUUCAGUGUCGUUCGCUUAGCUCAACCCAACAAGCACCUCCUCGAGGGGACGAUUCGGGUGCAGGUGGCGGCGCAGAGACGGCAUCGCACGUUUGGCGCUUUAUUCCUCCGAUCGAAAUCACUGUCAUGGAUCAGCAGUAGGGAAUCGGAGUACGCAACGGGAACGGUGCUGGCAACAAACACAAACGAACAAUAAUGGAAAAACACAGGAAAACUUUCGUUCGCUACGGUCGGUUGGGAUUGGUGAGUCGCGAGUAGGGGUGGCGGUGUUCGCUUAAUGAGCCACAUUCUAGUACCUUUAAGAUUAGGAUUUUGCGGAAGAGCAUGGGAUGUGGGAUAAUGCUUUACGACGAAGGCCAGGUAGUGUCCUUUCCUCUGUUUUGCAUACACAAUGCAUCACACCGCACUGUUGGCGCGUGAAUCUGGCCAGUUGGAGGGUCAUGAAUGUUGUCCAAGAUAUUACAGUCGACAUUGGAAGAAUCUAAAACUAAUCGAAGCAAUAUGAACAGAAAUUAUUCAUUAUUAUAAUUGGUGAUUAAACUACCGCAAUGCGAAACAAAAGCACGAUGGAAGCUGUAUCGGCCAGUGUCACACCGUCGUUAGAACAAAGCAGAACCGUGCGUCCAUUUUCGCGAAGAUAUUUCUAAAAGUAUGCAACGGAACGCCACGAAUCGAAAUGCCGAAUGGACCUAUCGCGUGAAUGCAUUGCAAUUUGUUACUCAAAAAGAGACGCUCUAUAACGGAGAAUAUAGGUUAUCUUUUCUUUUUUGAUCUUAUUUUUGUUGUUGAAGAAAAAUGGGAAUGUUAUUUAUGACAAGCAAAAUAAAAGCCACAAAUCAGCUGCUAAGCUAA